CAGGACAAACAGUUUACACAAAGUAAAGAGUAAAGACCAAAGAAACAUGAAUCACUGUAAUGAGAGCUAUGUGAAAUAAGUGACAACUAUGGUGGAUUCUGUAAACCAAGGGAAGGGGACAUACAAUGAAUUAGAACCUCAAGAAGAUUUCACUGGAGAUGUUCAUCCUCUAUAUUCAAAAAUGACCAGGUUUACUGUUAGAGAUGAACUGAGAUCUAGGCCCUAUCGACUAUCAGCUAUAAUUCUUGGAGUCCUAAGUGCUGUAUUUCUUUUUAUUAUAAUAGGACUGAGUGCCUAUAUUAACAAGGUGAAUGACAAACAUGACAUCUUGUCUCUCAACUCAUCAAUCAUCAGCUCUCAACUUGCUCGGCUGCAGUCAGACCACAAAAGCCUGACUGAGUCUAAAAAUGCACUUCAGAACAAGCAUGAUGAAGAUGUAAAGCUGAUCAAAUCACUGCAGAUAAAUAUGCGCAGAGAGACAAACUCGAAGAAUGAGCUAAACUCACAAAAACAGAAAUUAGAAGAAGAUAAAAGAAAACUGCAGUCUCAACUUUCACAUCUUGAAGAAAACUGUGGUAAGUGCUUACCCAACUGGGUGCUGAUGAACAGCACAUGCUUUUACUUUGCUGUUUCUGCAUCGACUCAACGCAAAGGCUGGAACGGGGGCAGGGAUGACUGCAAGAAAAAAGGAGCUGACUUAGUCGUCAUAGACUCAAAGGAGAAACAGGAGUUCAUUGUAGAGAGUUUAAAAGCUCUUCGGUACAACCUACCAUUCAGUUAUUAUAAUGGAUUUUGGAUAGGACUGAAAGACGAACAUGCGGAAGGGCACUGGAAAUGGCUAAAUAAUAACACACUGACAGAAAGGUACUGGAUGGACGGGGAGCCAAAUGAUGACUUGGGCAUAGAGGAUUGUGCAGCAGUGUAUCCUACUAAUAAUCCAAUGAAGUCCUGGAAUGAUGCACCAUGUUCACACCCACUAAAAUGGAUCUGUGAGAAGGAAAUAGAUGAAACACCCUAGGAUCUUCAAUUAACCACCAUUAUCAUGUUUGCCAAUUGUUGUAAGCUAAUAAUUCAUAGAAAAACAUUUAUUUUUACACAAUCUCUCUGGCUCUCUCUCUCUCUGUCUAUAUAAUUUUCUUUC